AUGGAAGAGGGAUCGGAGCUCAGAGGCUCUCGUCGCAAGAGGGUAUCGCGCGCCUGCGACCGCUGUCGCAGCAAGAAGGAUAAAUGCGACGGGAUUCGCCCGACCUGCUCGGCUUGCCAGACAUCCGGUCACGUCUGCUCCUAUGACCCCCAUGCGAAGAAGCGUGGUCUGCCCGAGGGCUAUGUCAGAGGCCUCGAGAAACUAUGGGCACUGUCCCUCUGCAAUAUCGACGGGCUCGAGGACACCAUGCUGAACUUGCUGGGGGUAACGGCAGAGUCCGCUACACGACGGCCGCAACUGAUGAGUCUCUGGACCGAUGAUAGCGCCGCAGAAAGCCUGCACGAGACCUGGAAGUCCAGCAAGCUCUAUGGUGCCCUCGAGAAGAUGCUCACAAACCAGGAUGCCGAUCGAACCCUGCCCUUUGUCAAAUGCCCCCGCGGCCAUAGCGAUGAGGAAUGGGGCUUCCGCGUUGCACGAGAUUCCACCUCCAAGGCGUUGGAUACGCCCCGGGUGGUGAAUACUUCCGACGCUCCCCCAGCGAAGAGGCCCAGACAUUCUUUCUCGACGGACACUGAUAGGGAUAGGUCGGCGGCAUCCAGUCCGCAGGCUUUGGAAUUGCCGCCGCAGACCUCCCAGUUAUUAGAAUGGUACUUCGCCAAAACGCAUACCUGGUUCCCCAUUAUCGCCAAGCACAAUGUUCUCAAGGCGUCCUACCUCUACCCCACGGCUCCUGUUUCGGCUGGGAAGUCUACAUCUGGUUCUGGAGAUCAUGCCGCUCUGUGGGCUAUCCUCAGUUAUACGGUUGCUCAACGGCAUCCCAUACGGGUUGGAUCGGCGGAGAACACGGGAAAUGCUAUGUCGCCAAAGGUGCAGGAAUACUACAAGGUGGCACGCAGCCUAAUCCCAUCGGAGAAGGAGAAAUUCGAGAUAGGCCAUAUCCAGGCCUUAUUGCUAUUGACGAUGGUCAAUAUGGGUCUGGAGGACUGGACGGCGGCCUGGCUGCUCAGUGGGCAGGCGACACGCAUGGUGGUCGCGAUGGGACAAGGAGGCAUUCUCCCACCGCCCCGAAGGGCGUCGGAGAUCAAGCAGGGAAAAGCGGCCUUUCUGGGUUGUUUCGUGAUCGACUCCCUGCUGGCUGUUCGCCUCUCGCGAUGCCCCUGUAUGCGGCCAGAAGACCUGGCCAAGAUCCCGCCUCUGGAGGAAGACGGUCUGGAAGAAUGGAGCCCAUGGGUAGAUGUUCUCUGUCUAUCUGGCGAACAUCGGACCCAGGGACCAGGUAUGCCUCGUCGUGGUCCGCUCUUGGCUCUCAGUUGUUUCAAUCGCCUGAUCGAACUGGCAGCGGUUCUGAACAAGAUUGCGCGGGAUCUCUCAACAGGCAAUCGUGACCAGGUCCUCACGCAGCGGAUUCUCCGGGAUUUAAAGAAAUGGGACGAACGAUUGCCAUCAAGGUGUCGACUGAUGGAAGUUGAAGGUAGUUCCUCGGAUGGCUCUCCACCGUUACUCCCGCACCAGACGUAUCUGGCUCUGACGUACGCGGCGACCUUAUUGUCUUUAUUCUCCCGUCUCACGGCCGGUGAACGUGAUCAGCCUGGUAUGCAGAGACCGUCCUUUGAUGCGACCAAGAAACUUCUAUACCGCAUAGCACCGCUGCUAUCGCAACAUGGUCAAAAUUUCAAUUCAUGCGGACUACCGCCCAUCUUCGAGUUCGCCUGUCGUUCUAUAGUCGAAAGAGCGUCGAAUGUACGGGAGAAACUCGAGUUGGAAAGUUUCCCAUUCCGUAGAUGGCUGGAAACAGUCCUCCAGGAGAUCUUCGAGAUUGGUCACUGUUGGCCUGCAUUCCGAUCCCUGGCGACAUCUAUUGAGCGACGUGCCCUCUUGGGUGAUACGUCCCGUUCAUUAGCUGUCGGGAAAAGGCGAUUGAUAUCCCCGGAGAAAUCCACACAGGACAUCUGGAAUUCUCUUCCCCUAGGCGCGGGCGCUGCGGACGCCGCUAUAAGACAGCCAGAGAAAAUGAACGAUAACCCUAUAGCGCCUUCGUCGUGGGGUUCUUUCCAUCGAAAUGGAAACACUGACACCGAUUUCACUCCUCCCAUCAUGGGAAUCAGAAUCCCUAUAGAUUCUUAUUACCUCACACCACAGAAUUCCGCAACGGAAAAUGUCGACCUUUCGAUUCUCUCGGAGCUUUUCUCACGGCCACUGGAUACUCCAGUCGAGAUUAGCAAGACCGUUUCGCAGAUCGGACCAGAGGCAAGCCUAGGACCUGGUGCUCAGACGCAUCCUCCAACUCCUGAUUCCUCCGCCGCGAACGCAGCCCAGCCUUCCAGCUCAAACAACGCGCCACAUGGUACAGGUCAGGGAACCCAGGCCGCCGUUGAGAACCCAUCCCCUCAUGGUGACCUAGAUUCUAUCUUCAACGAUCUUGCCUAUCUAGACACAAACGAGUGGGCCAACAGUCGUGAAGAGGCGUUGGAAGACUUCGGUUUUAUCGACGACAGUACAUUCCAAGCAUUCUGCAAUGAUCCCGACCGCUUGAUCGGCUCGCAGCCAUUGACCCAUCCGCAAUCUAUCGCGGACAUAUGGCCUCCCCCUGGCUUCUUCCCGGAAGCGUUCCAGGGGAACAACGAAGGCUGA